UAACACCAUCUUUCAUGGUCAAUAAAUCAUCAUAUCACAGUGAAGAAAUGCUAAAGUAAAGCCAACAAAAUAAAAAGAAAUAGAAGAAAAAAAAGAAGAAAAAAUAAAAAGAAAAAGACAAAAAAAAAGAAAAGAAAAGAGAGAGAGAGAUAAAAGAUGAGAAAGCAAAAGUAAGGCCCAGAGAACAUGAAUCAGACAUAUCAACCCCCACCUCAUUGCGUCUUCACUUUGCUUCCCUUCCCUUCUAAGCCCCCCUUGGAUUCUCUCUCUCUCUUUCUCUCUCCUCUCUCUCUAGGAAUACAUAGACAGGAUCCAGGCUGUAGCAAGUUAAUUAAUUCUAGUAGCGGUGUGAGACACAGAUUGAGCAUGGGUUCAGUAGGCAACCAAAACACUUGGGCACCAUAUGAUAGUUACAAGGAUUGCUCACAAGGAAUCUGCAGCAUAUAUUGUCCACAAUGGUGCUACAUGAUCUUCCCACCUCCCCCUCCAUUUGGUCCACCAGAUGACGGUGAUUCAGGCACCAAUUUCUCCCCCCUCAUCAUAGCAAUCAUCGGCAUCUUGGCCAGCGCUUUCCUCUUGAUAAGCUACUACACCAUCAUCUCCAAGUACUGCAAAAGAAGAGGCGAUCAAAGCAACACAAGUGCAGAGCUUGCCGCGAAUCGCGACCAAGCCAAUCCAGACCAAUGGCAGGUGGCUUCAGCUGGUUUGGAUGAGACCCUCAUCAAGUCCAUCAAAGUCUGCAAGUACAAGAAAGGAGAAGGGUUGGUUGAAGGGAGCGAAUGCGCGGUUUGUCUCAGUGAGUUUCAAGAAGACGACUCUCUGAGGCUAUUGCCAAAGUGCAGCCAUGCCUUUCACCUCCCCUGCAUUGACACAUGGUUGAAGUCCCACUCGAAUUGCCCUCUGUGCCGGUCCAACGUUGCACCUACUAAUCCACAGCCUUUGCCGGCAGCAAGCUCACAAAUUUCUUCGAAUCUGAACAUCUCUUCCCUCCAAAUCCAGCGCCAGAAUGAUGUGGUUUUGGUGGUUGAUGAUCAAGAAAGGGGUCGAGAAGAGGUGGUUGUUAGUCUUGGGAGUGAUGCUACUCCAAAGACGUCGUUUCGAUCCAACAGUGAUGUGCAGAAUUCUGAAGUGAGAGAUCAGAACAUAACAGAUAUUGGGCAAUUUGGAAGAUCGGUUUCAUUAAGCUCAUUUUCGAGCAGAGGACAGCUUUCGGUUGCUGACAUAUUACAUUUUAGUGAAGAAGAUGAGGAUUUGCAAAUGGAAGUCUGCCAAUUUCCCAUUGGCAUUGGAUCAUCCAAAGGAGUAGAGGGAGAACACAGCAACACGAAUGAUACAAUCGACUCGCGAUAUAGAGAUUGAUUUUUCAACUGGAGAAGAAUUCUAAUUUUCCCAGAUGAAAACUAUAUUUAUUGUGUAAAAAACAGGAGUCGAUUUGAUUCUGUAGAUUUUAUGACUUUUACCCAAACAGAGGAUGUGAACUUGGUGAGUUCUUUCCAUGAACUGAUUUCUAAAAAUACUUUUACUGAUACCAAGUGUUGUUCAAAUUUGUUAGUGAUUUGUAGUUGGAUUUGAAUCUAUGACUGAAAAGAAAAAUUCAAUAUCUUCUCUUUAUGCCAAAGGAAA